CUGGAAGGUACAAGUCCGAUUUUGGCAGAAUCAGCACAAUAAUUUUCUUGUUCAAGUUAAGAAAAUUCGGGAGGAUAUGGACCGUAUAAAGACUGAGAAUGACGCAUUAAUUUUCAUCAAUAAGGAGCUCAGAAGAAUGAAUGACAAAUUGACGAUAGAAAUUCAAUCACGUAGCCAAAGAUCGAGUGAAAAUGAGGCGUCUGAUCAGCCAAAAAAGAAGAUUAAAAAGCCUAAAACCUCUGAUGAAGUCCAAGAAAAUAAUGAAGAAGCGGCAAGGACUGAGAUGAAGGAAAUCUUGAAAAACUUGUCAUCUGAAUAUGAAAUGAAAUACGAUGAAGUUUUUACUAGUCCAGAUAACAAAAGUAUUCAGCAAAAAUUAGUAUCUGAAUUAUUAAAAUCAGCUUGUAAACCUAAUGACGGUACUCAAGAGACAGCUUCAAAUAGAUCACAAACUCCUCCAGCUCAACCAGUUCGUACUGAAAGUAUGACUCUGAAUCGACUAAUAAAUCCUCCAGUUCGAUCAGCUAGUACUGGAUCGGCUACUCCAGUCCGUAAUGUUCGAUAUCGGCCAACUCGUGAUUACGAUGAUUGGAUUAAUUAUAAUGCUGAAUAUGAGCAUCAAUACGGAGAAUCGUCAACUACUGGAAUGAUUAGAGGAGCAAUACAGAAAGCUGAUGGUCAGAAUCAACCUGAUAAUAAUCAUCUUAACGAUCCUUUCCCGUAUUAUGAUGAUAGUGAUAAUGAAUUUUUUAAAAUGUAA